CGAGCGGGCGCCGGCCGCGGGCGUCCUUCGUGGGCCCUGAGCGCGCCGGAGCGAGCGGCCGUCCGCGAGCCGCCGCGGAGCCUCCUCCCGCUCCCCGGCGAGCAAGAUGAUGUGCGAGGUGAUGCCGACCAUCAGUGAAGCAGAAGGCCCCUCAGGAGGAGGCGGGAGCCAUGGGUCCGGCUCCCCAUCCCAGCCUGAUGCAGACUCCCACUUUGAACAGUUAAUGGUCUCCAUGCUGGAAGAAAGGGACCGUCUUCUCGAUACGCUGAGAGAGACUCAGGAAACGCUGGCGCUCACCCAGGGGAAGUUACACGAGGUUGGGCACGAGCGAGACUCCUUGCAGAGACAGCUCAACACUGCACUUCCACAGGAGUUUGCGGCACUUACGAAAGAACUGAACGUAUGCAGGGAGCAGCUCCUUGAGAGGGAAGAAGAAAUUGCUGAGCUGAAAGCAGAAAGAAACAACACCAGGCUGCUGCUGGAGCACUUGGAGUGCCUGGUCUCCAGACACGAGCGCUCCCUCAGGAUGACGGUAGUCAAGAGACAAGCGCAGUCGCCAGCAGGUGUAUCCAGCGAAGUGGAAGUUCUCAAGGCGCUAAAAUCAUUGUUUGAACACCACAAAGCUCUGGAUGAAAAGGUGAGAGAGAGGUUGCGCGUAGCACUGGAAAGGUGUAGUUUGUUAGAAGAAGAAUUAGGUGCCACACAUAAAGAGCUAAUGAUCCUUAAAGAACAGAAUAAUCAGAAAAAAACCCUGACAGAUGGGAUGCUUGACAUAAACCAUGAACAAGAAAACACACCAAGCACGAAUGGAAAGCAGAGGUCUUCGGACGGCUCUCUGAGCCACGAGGAUGACCUGGCUACGGUGGUGGAGCUACAAGAGAUCAUAGACAAGCAGUCCCGAGAGCAGAGCCAGAUGAAGGAGCGCCUGGCUGCCCUCUCCAGCCACGUCACUGAGCUGGAGGAAGACCUCGACACCGCCAGGAAGGACCUUAUCAAGUCCGAGGAAGUGAACACAAAGCUGCAGAGAGAUGUCCGCGAAGCCAUGGCCCAAAAGGAAGACAUGGAGGAGAGAAUCACUACUCUUGAAAAACGCUACCUCGCCGCACAGCGUGAAGCUACAUCUGUGCACGACCUCAACGAUAAACUUGAAAAUGAGAUUGCAAAUAAAGACUCUAUGCAUCGACAGACCGAGGACAAGAACCGGCAGUUACAAGAGCGCCUGGAGCUGGCUGAGCAAAAGCUGCAGCAGACUCUGCGGAAAGCCGAGACCCUCCCGGAGGUGGAGGCGGAGCUGGCCCAGAGGGUGGCCGCGCUGUCCAAGGCUGAAGAGAGACACGGCAACAUUGAAGAGCGGUUGCGGCAGAUGGAGGUGCAGUUGGAGGAAAAGAACCAAGAACUGCAGCGGGCAAGACAAAGAGAGAAAAUGAAUGAAGAACACAAUAAACGUUUAUCAGACACUGUUGACAAGCUUCUUUCAGAAUCUAAUGAGAGGCUCCAACUUCAUCUUAAGGAGAGGAUGGCUGCCCUGGAAGACAAGAAUUCUCUAUUACGGGAAGUUGAACAUGCAAAAAAGCAGUUAGAAGAAACACAACAUGAUAAGGAUCAGCUCGUCCUAAGCAUUGAAGCACUGAGGGCUGAACUAGACCAGAUGAGGCUGAGAGGCGCUCCACUUCAUCACGGCCGGCCGCACCUGGGCAGUGUCCCGGACUUCCGGUUCCCUGUGGCCGACAGUCACACAGACGCCUACAGCACCGGCUCAGUGUUGCGGCGUCCCCAGAAAGGCCGCCUGGCAGCUCUGCGCGACGAGCCUUCCAAGGUACAAACGCUUAACGAACAGGACUGGGAGCGUGCCCAACAAGCCAGCGUCUUGGCAAAUGUUGCACAAGCGUUUGAGAGUGACGUGGACAUGUCUGACGGGGAAGACGACAGAGACACUCUCUUCAGCUCUGUCGACCUGCUGUCGCCCAGUGGGCAGGCCGACGCCCAGACAUUAGCCCUGAUGCUGCAGGAACAGCUGGACGCUAUCAACAAAGAGAUCAGGUUGAUUCAGGAGGAGAAGGAGAGCGCAGAGCAGCGGGCCGAGGAGAUCGAGAGCAGAGUCGGGAGCGGGAGUCUGGACAAUCUUGAUCGUUUUAGAUCAAUGAGCUCUAUCCCCCCAUAUCCUGCCCCAUCACUGGCUGGCUCCUCCCCUCCAGGCAGCGGCCGCUCCACCCCGAGAAGGAUCCCCCAGAGUCCCGCCAGGGAAGUAGACCGACUGGGCAUCAUGACUCUAUUACCAGCUUCCAGAGAAGAGGUACGAGAUGACAAGACAACGAUAAAAUGUGAGACGUCCCCACCCUCCUCCCCACGGUCACUCCGGCUAGACAGGCUACACAAGGGGGCCUUGCACACCGUCAGCCACGAGGACAUCAGGGACAUACGGAACUCAACAGGCUCCCAGGACGGUCACGUGAGCAACCCCAGCAGCAGUAACAGUAGCCAGGACUCGCUCCACAAGGCUCCCAAGAAGAAGGGCAUUAAGUCCUCCAUCGGCCGCUUGUUUGGCAAGAAAGAGAAAGGUCGACCUGGACAGACUGGCAGAGAAUCCCUGGGGCAAGCUGGUGGUUCAGAGGCAGAUAACUCAUCUCCAGAUGCCUUGGGACUUAGCAAACUGGGAGGACAGGCAGAAAAAAAUCGUAAACUUCAAAAAAAGCACGAAUUGCUUGAGGAAGCCCGAAGACAGGGUUUACCUUUUGCACAGUGGGACGGGCCAACUGUCGUCGUGUGGCUGGAGCUCUGGGUCGGGAUGCCGGCCUGGUACGUGGCCGCUUGCCGAGCGAAUGUGAAAAGCGGGGCGAUCAUGUCAGCCCUGUCGGACACGGAGAUCCAGCGCGAGAUCGGCAUCAGCAACCCGCUGCACAGGCUGAAGCUGAGGCUGGCCAUCCAGGAGGCCGUGUCCCUGACGAGCCCGUCAGCGCCCCCCACGGCCAGGACGACACUCGCCUAUGGGGACAUGAACCACGAGUGGAUUGGUAACGAGUGGCUGCCCAGCCUGGGCCUGCCCCAGUACCGCAGCUACUUCAUGGAGUGCCUGGUGGACGCCAGGAUGCUGGACCACCUGACCAAGAAGGACCUGCGGGGGCAGCUGAAGAUGGUGGACAGCUUCCACAGAAACAGUUUCCAGUGUGGAAUCAUGUGCUUGCGAAGGUUAAAUUACGACCGGAAGGAACUGGAAAGAAAAAGGGAAGAGAGCCAGAACGAGAUAAAAGACGUGCUUGUCUGGAGCAACGACCGAGUCAUCCGCUGGAUCCUGUCCAUUGGGCUUAAAGAAUACGCAAACAACCUCAUAGAGAGUGGUGUGCACGGCGCACUCGUGGCCUUAGAUGAAACCUUCGAUUUCAACGCGCUGGCACUCUUGUUACAGAUCCCCACGCAGAACACACAGGCUCGUGCCGUCUUGGAAAGGGAGUUCACCAACCUCUUGGUCAUGGGUACUGACAGAAGGUUCGAUGAAGAUGAUGAUAAAAGCUUUAGGAGGGCACCUUCCUGGCGGAAAAAAUUCAGACCAAAGGACAUUCGUGGCUUAGCUGCUGGCUCAGCAGAGACCCUCCCUGCGAACUUCAGGGUCACUUCUUCGAUGUCAUCACCCUCUAUGCAGCCAAAGAAGAUGCAGAUGGACGGUAGGUCACGUGAGGUGCCAGCCAGUCACUUGCGGGUGUGUGGUCGGUCGGCUUUGUGGCUGGAACGUUCGUGAUGAUCUUCAAAUAGCCUGUUUAAUAUACUGCGAGGCCUUUGAGUACUGUUGCAUGGCCAAGUUUGAAUGUCUUAAAAUUAAUCCUAACAUUUGUUUACCGAAGUUUUAAUUCUUGUUCAGUUGACUCUUAGUUCUGCCAGCUAACCGAGCCAGGCGUCUCUCUGUGUUGUCAGAGCAUGAGACUGAUGUCCGUGUCUGUGAGUACGUGGGGGUGAUAGGCAGCACUAGCAGACUCUUCGUAAAUAGUUGUUUGGUAGCUUUCACACUGUGUCAUUUACUCCUGGGACUUCUCUCCCCACUGGGGAAGUGACCGAGUGAAUUUUAAAUCACGUACGGUUUCCACCCUUUGGAGGCUCCGCCUUUCCUUCCCACCCUUCCUGUUGUUAUACAUCUCCCUGUUGUAGAAGGAUGGGGGACAGGGAAAGAGAGCCUCGGGGAUGUCAUCAGUGGAGCUAGCUCGUCCUGUUAAAUAUGCCAGCGGAAGAUGGCACUGCCAGAACCGUUUCAGAUACAGCUGACCCUCAGCCAGCCACGUGCUUUUAGAGCACAGAGGGUGAAGGAUGGCCCGUGGCUUCUGGACAGGACAGCCUCUCAGCUCUGACCUUACACUCAUCCACCGAAAGGCAGCGUGCAGCAGUGGGUGCGGCACCGACUCGAGAGCCAGGCUGCUGGCGUCUGCAGCCAGGCUCUGCCCCUUAGGAACUGCGUGCCCCCGUCACUGUAGUGUCUUCCUCAAGGGUGGCUGGGAGGGUAGGUGAGUAACUCACAUAAGGCCUUAGAACAGCACCUGAGCCCGUGUGGUAGCGUGGUGGCAUUGGAGUUUAGUUGUGACACAGAGGGACAGGCUCCCGGAAAGUGUGUGGUCUUCAAAACGGUGCUGCGUGUGGUGUUUAUGGGUCUCCCGCCACGUGCCCCCAUGGCCGUAGUUGGUGUGGGUUCGGCUCGCGCUCACCUGUGCGGCGCCCAGAGGACAGGGCGCUGAGGAAGCCUGCGUCAGGCUGGAGAUGCCCACACCAGCGUGGCACAGCAGGGCACUGUUGUCAGUGCAUCGGUGCUGCUUACGGAAUGAAAAACCAGCAGCUCAUUAAGGAUGAGCAGUUUUCUUCCAAAGAGUGUGCAGAUAGAUAUUUCUUAUAGAUUUUAACUGUAACUUGGCCUUCAACUUAAUUUUUGUCAACUUACUGAGUAGUCUCAGUGAGCGUCCUUGUUUUCCUCUCAGCGUCAGCUUCUCCUUGUCUCUUUAUAAUCACAUUGCCCCUGCUAGGUGUCCAGCAACACUGAGGUUAGAGUGUGGAUAAAUGAAAAAAUUCUAGAAAUACGGUGUAGGGAUUGUGUUACGGAGAACAAGACUUUUUGCCCUUGUAUAAAUAACCAAAGCGUAAAUGUAAUAAAAUGGAUUGUCCUGGUGGCUUUUUACAAUAAGGGAUUUGUAAAGAGGAUUCGUUCCCACCACCAGCCCCGAUCUUCGCAUCUCUCCUGGCCCUUGGCUGGAUGGUGAUAGAAAGCACCCCAGGCCUACCUGGAGGGGACAGGCCUAAACCGGGAGCACCACACGUCCGCUCGGCUUGCUGAAAGUCCCUUGUGAUUUUGGCGGAGAGGGCUUACCUUGGGGCAGCGUGUUUCUUGAACAACAUCAGGGGUCUGUGUCGUUUCAGGCAGAAGCUGAGACCGGGCUUCAGGCCCCUCAGACAUGUCUUUGUCCUCCCCUACUCUUGCAGUCAUGCCGAUAUUUAGGUCAGAAAGAAGAGUCCAGCUGGCCUGUGAGUCAUCAGAAGAGUUUAGGAGAGACAGAGCCAUCACUUUUUUUUAAGUAGCUGUGAUUUGUAGACUUGUACAUUUGAAGCCACUUUUAUAUCCGAUGGUGCCCCAAACCAUUGCUAUGUUAGAGUUCCCUCCAGGCAUCCUAGGGCUCCUUGCGGGAGAAGGGACCAGGCCUGGGUGAGCCCCAGAUCCUCCUAGCUCACUCCCUGGCACCAGACAGUGCCUCCCAGAGCCUCGGGGUGCCCUGCGGGGAGGUGCGUGUGCCCCACAUGUGACGUGUGUGCCGCGUGUGACUGCUGUGUGACACUAACUGCACGCUGUGCUCUGCACACUCCUCAUGCGGUGUCG